AUGGCGGCGGCGAUGCGACUUGCGGCCAGGCGGCUCAUGGGCGGCCAGCGACCCCAGGCGGUUUACAAAUCCGUCCUCUCGCCGCUGGUCGAGGAGGAGCAUCGCCGGCUGAUUCCAAGGCUCAUCAGCGGCGGCCGACCGGCCUAUUUCCCUGAGAGAUCUAUGUCUCCCGGCGGCGACGGUUGCAAAAACUUUUCCGGCGCCCGCUACGCUGACGCCGCUGCACGCCCACCGAACGGCAACACCGCCCUGAAGCAACCUUGUGAAGAACCUGUGCCAGAGCUUGACCCAGAGAGAGCAUGGGCCUAUCGGCAGUACUGCGAGAUUGAGACCAAGAAACACGAGCUCUUCUACCUGAUCGCUGAGUUGGACAAGAGGCACCCAUAUCGUAGGUAUACAGGAAAAAACAUGGAACUCCUCUUCCAUCUUUUCGGGCACGUUGAUCCUAAUCCCAGCGAUCCCCUCUGGUGCCGCGCUGAUGCAAGAGAAAGACUGAACAAUCGUCUGCUAUAUGGAAUGUCUGCAGCGAUGGCCACUUGGCUGUAUUUCGAUUGGGAGAGUUGGAGAAGAAGGUCUCGAGUCCAAAUACUGUAUUCUCCUCGAGAUUACCGAGCUGAGGGCACUUCAGGUCAUUAUGUACAAAUACCUCUUUAGAUCAUUAUGUAGAGUUGGAAUUGGUCAUCGUGGAAAUUGUUUACAAGUAAGUAUUUAAACACAUUCUACUUUACUUCCAAAAUUGCUUAGAAUAAGUAUAAUUAGUUUGUUGGAUUUGGGAAGUGGAAUUGAUAGGUUAAUCUGUCUUAUUUUAAGUGGAGUCAUAUUCUUCUGACUUCUGUCAAACUCUUCCCAUUUUCUGUGUGUGGAAUCCCUUCAUUAGGUUGUACAAACUCUUCCCAUUUUCUGUGUGUGGAAUCCCUUCAUUAGGUUGU